UCCGACCGCCGCGGUGGAAUGUCGUUCUCCCCGGACCGUAGCAAUCGUCGCCGUCGCCGUCGCCGUCGUCGCCGUCGACUGUAGUAAUCGCAUCGUCGGGUAACGCGAGGAUAGUUCCGCUCGUUCAUCGAGGAAUGAGCGAUCGGUGCCCGGUUGGUUGGCGCGAGCGGACGACGAGAUCGUGGAUCGUGUGAGCCGGGUGUGCUUCGCCGACGGCGAGCAAGAGUCCGGUUGGUUUAUUCCCCUACGUUUCUUUUUUUUUUCCCUUUCAUUUGCGAUCGUGUUGUUCCAAGAAGUUUUCGGAAAGUGUCAGAAGGCGGUUGAAACGCACCGAGUGCUGGUGACUAUGAGUGCGUGACGGUGCGAGCGUCUAUACUCGAGCACCUCCUCGACAAUCUUGUACCAGGUGCGCGAUCAGCGGGACGGACCGGGAUGGAUAGCCGUUGCCCCAAACGAUCGCCGAUCGUCCUCGUCGUCGUCAUCCUGGGCGCGCUGCUGGACGCGGCGCGGGGUCGCAGCAUCACGAUCCUCGAGGCGCCGAGCGGCUGCGAGUGGAGGAAGGACGACGGCAAGGAUGGGGAGCAGGAGCUGAUCUGCAGAGUGAGGACGAUCGCGGACGUGCCCGGUCUCAUCGGCAACUUGUCGACGAUACAAACGGACUCGGUGACGUCCUUGGGUCUAGAGUGCAGUGACGAGAGCUUCCACGAGGGCGAGAUCGACGAUCUCCUGCCGUCAUUGCCGCGACUCAUGAAGCUGCGCGUCGAUUCAUGCAAGAUCCGUCAUCUUCCGGGCGGCGUGUUUUCGUCGGUGCACAACCUCCGCAGCUUAUUCCUCCGGACGCGAAACGGGGAUUUGUCGACCAUGACCCUGGAGCUGGAUCGCGACGCGCUCCAUGGCCUGACGAGUCUGAAGUAUCUCGAUCUGGCCGACAACAAUCUGUGGACGCUGCCGCCGGAGCUGCUCUGCCCGGUCCAGCAGAGCCUCGCGUGGUUGAACCUCACGCGCAACAAGUUACAGGACAUCAGGUCCCUGAAUCUAUCGGAUCGGAUAGAGUCUUGCACGUCGAAUCUCAAGAUCCUGGACAUCAGCAACAACGACCUCAGUGCCUUGCUCGACGGCGCGCUCAGCAGCCUACGUAGUUUGAGCGUCUUGAAGGUACAGGAGAACGCGAUCGCCGCCGUAGGCGACCACGCUCUGGCUGGUCUCGAGUCCCUGCAAGCCCUCAACAUGUCCAGCAACCGACUAGUCGCACUGCCACCCGAAUUGUUCGCCCAGACGAAGGAACUGAGAGAGCUGAUACUCAGCAACAAUUCCCUCGCGGUACUGGCGCCCGAGCUGCUGGACAGUCUCGAGCAGCUCCAGGACUUGGACCUCAGCGGAAACGAGCUGACCAGUCACUGGGUGAAACGUGGGACCUUCUCGCGAUUGAUUAGUCUCGUCAAUCUCGACCUGUCGUUCAACGCUCUCACGAGAAUCGACGCGUACGUCUUCAAGCAUCUGACCAGUCUGCAGAUCCUCAAGCUCGAGAACAACAAUAUCGACACGUUGCUCGACGGCUGCUUCGCCUCGCUCAUCAACUUGCACACGCUGACGUUGUCUCACAACAAGAUCGUCAGGUUCGAACCGCCGCACACGAUCGGCCUGGCCGCGCUUCAGCAGCUCUUUCUGGACAGCAACAGGCUGCGCGGUUUGCAUAGACAUGUGUUCGCCAAUCUCACGAAUCUUCAGGAUCUUUCUCUGAGCGGGAACGCUUUGGCGGAGAUCCCCUACGCGGUUCGCGUGCUGAAGUUGCUGAAAACCCUCGAUCUCGGCAACAAUCAUGUAUCGCGGAUCGACAACGACUCGUUCUCCGGCUUAAACCAGCUGUACGGAUUGCGAUUGGUGGACAACAAAUUGGAGAAUGUGUCGCGCGAGGCGUUCGCGUCCCUGCCGGGGUUGCAGGUACUCAAUCUGGCUAACAAUAUCAUUCGUCACGUAGAACAGAGUGCCUUCUCCGCUAAUUCGGUGUUGCGCGCAAUAAGACUGGACGGGAACAAAUUGACGGAGAUCCGCGGCGCCUUCACGAGUCUCUCGACGCUCGUCUUUCUGAAUGUGUCCGAUAAUAAGUUACUGUGGUUCGACUACAGUCAUCUACCUAGCAGCAUAGAGUGGCUGGACAUACACGCCAAUCAGAUAAGCGAGCUGGGCGAUUACUACAUGCUGCGCAACACGUUGCGAAUAAAAAUGCUGGACGCCAGUUACAAUCUCAUCACGGCUCUCACGGAGGCGAACGUGCCGGACAGCGUGGAGACUCUGUUUCUGAACAACAAUCGAAUACGAAGCGUCGCGGGCGGCACGUUUCAGCAGAAACCCAAUCUCGACAAGGUGGUGCUUUACGGCAACGAGAUUGGGAAUCUGGAGAUUGGCGCCCUGACGCUUCCUACGGUGCCGGACAGCCGGGAGCUUCCCGCGUUUUACGUCGGCAACAAUCCCAUCGUCUGCGACUGCACUAUGGAAUGGUUGCCGCGGAUCAACGAGAUGGCCCGGUCGCGUCAGCAUCCGCGCGUCAUGGACCUCGACGACGUGACGUGCGACAUGGUGCACGCACGCGCCACGCCGCGACGUCCGCUCGUCUCCCUGAAGCCCAAGGACUUUCUCUGCCGAUACGACGCGCACUGCUUCGCCCUCUGUCACUGCUGCGACUUCGACGCGUGCGACUGCGAGAUGACCUGCCCGGACAAUUGCUCGUGCUAUCACGACCACAGCUGGUCCAGCAACGUCGUCGACUGCUCCAACGCUGGAUACAAGCACGUGCCCGAGCGAUUGCCCAUGGACGCGACGGAGAUUUACCUGGACGGCAACGAGCUCGGCGACCUCGGUAGCCACGUUUUCAUCGGCAAGCGUCGUCUAGAGGUACUGUAUCUCAAUAACAGCGGCAUCGCCGCGAUACACAAUCGUACGUUCAACGGCGUCGAGGCGCUGCGCGUUCUCCACCUCGAGGAUAACGCGCUGCGGGAGCUCCGGGGCUUCGAGUUCGAUCAGCUCGAUCACAUGUCGGAGCUGUAUCUAGAUCACAACGCUAUCGCCACCGUGGGCAACACGACCUUCAAGAAGAUGCACAAUCUCAAGACGCUGCGACUCGACAGCAACCGCAUCGUCGACUUCCGCCCUUGGGAGGCCCUGCCGAGCGUCGGCGGCGGCACCAGGGUAGCGCUCGAGGGCAACGCCUGGAGCUGCGAGUGCGGGAACGCCGCCCGAUUGCGCGCCUGGCUCGCGGAGCACCGGGGCGACCCGGAGAAGAUGUACUGCCGCGACGGGGUCGAGACCCUCGCCCAGGCCAUGGUGCGAUGCGGCGACCCGUCCACGGAAGCCGUGAGUCGCGGCAUCCAGGAGAUCCCGCUUCUCGGCAGUAACUUUGUGCCGUUGCUCGCCGGCGCGCUCGUGACCGUGAUCGUCAUCUGCCUGUUCGUCGCCUUGGCCUUCGUCUUUCGUCAGGACGUGCGACUCUGGGCCCACGCGCGUUACGGUCUGCGCCUCGGCAAGAUGGCGGCGCCGCCCGACGAGGAGCGGGACCGACUGUACGACGGUUACAUCGUCUACAGCGAACGCGACGAGGACUUUGUCUCCAGGUUCCUCGCGGCCGAGCUUGAGCAGACCGGCCUGGCGCUCUGCCUACACUGGCGGGAUCUGCCACCGGCCAGGCCUCAGGAGGCGCUGCCGCCGGCCGCGGCCGCCGCCAGACGCAUCGUCAUCAUCUUCUCGCCCGUCUUCCUGGCGAACGAGUGGCAGCACGUGGAGUUUCGCGCCGCUCUGAGGACCGCGCUCGAGAACAUCAGGCCUACCUCGCGGAAGCGCCGAGUUCUCGUCCUCCUCGCCACCGAGACGCCCACCCGGGACCCGGAGCUCCAGCUGCUCCUGCAGACGUGCACGGUGGUGAUCUGGGGCGAGAAGAGGUUCUGGGAGAAGCUCAGGUUCGCGAUGCCGGACUCGGUGGACAAGCGGCAGCGCGACACCAAGAAGGUCAACGACCGCAAUCGCACGCCGACGAGGUACACCGCGGCGCCGUCCGUCGCGGUCGACGUCUGGACCAAGCCCAAUGGCGUCCUCGCCCCGGUGCAUCACGCGCCCACGCCGACGCCCACGCAGUCCACCUACGUCAGCUCGGCGUCCAGCCGCACCGAGGACGAGGACAGCGGCGCGGAGCACCAGCACCAUCAGCACCACCCGCAUCAUCAGCACGGCUACAGCACGUUGCACGCGGGGAACGGCCGGCCGGCCAGCCUCUUCUCCAGGGGUAGCCACCUCUACAGCACGAUACCGGAACCGCCGGUGGUGCCCACCGCGCCCCCGGGGGAGGCUCUCGCCCCCGCGCAUCCAGGCAACCCGCGUACUUACUUCGUCUAGCGCAGAAGGGCGGCGAUCGUGCUCCGAUCCGGCAGGAGAUAGACCGACCGACUCUCGCUCUCUCUCCCCCUUCGUUCUUCACUCUUCCGGUUGUUGGAAGCGCGAUCGCCCGGCCGUGUCGCGAUUCUCCCGGUCUCGUCUCGAGAGAGAGGAGAUCGGGAUGUGAAAGGAUUGUCGCGGCCGAACUGUGUACAGCGUACCUUUCCGGUUCUACUGGAUCAGCUGAUCGAUGACAGGCGGCUGAUCCGAACGCGCCUAAGUAAUGUUAUAUACGUAAACCAAGUCGAUUCGAUGCCUUGCGCUUAUUAUCGAUGUAGCGACGAGUAGACUCAACGGCUUGACCUUUCCUUUUUCGAAAGAAAGACGGUGGUCCUCAUUCCAUUCUUCGCGGUAUCUACUUUUUCAUAUCGUUGCGCAACGUUCUUCCAAGUCACGACCAAAUACUUAGCACGUUUCGAACUUGCUCGAGGAGCUCGCGAGUUCCGCCAAAGCGGUUUGCUUUCCUCUGGUUUAAGUUUUGUAAAUAAUGACGCGAUAUCCGCGAUCGAUCUAGAUUCUACAUUUUUGCGCUCUUUUUCUUUAACUUAUAACGAGCGAGACUUAGAAUCGCGCGCAUAAUUAAGACUAUUCGUUUACUUUUGUACAUACAUCUCUAUCUUUCCAAUACACAGUAAAAAAUUAAAUGUUAAUUUUAACUGUUCAUAUGUCUCAGAAA